GCUUGUUCAGGACCACCACCUCUGAGCUUUGAACCAUACAUCUGCGGAAGGGCCACUAUUCUGAAGCUUUUACCUGAUUCUUUUGCUGAAGCCGACGACACUAUGGACCCCAGGGACCUAGAGAACAUCAACGCUCUCCUCGACCAGGAUGUCGAACUCCGAGAAAAAAUCAAGGAACAGGUCACGGAACUCGAUAAGAAAACCCGCACCAUGACCGGUCUGCUAAACAAAAUCCACUCGACGCCAAGCGCCGAAAUGCCCAAGCUAUUGGACUCCGUCAAGCCAACUCUCAAUUCUUGCUCUGAGACGACAAACGCUAUUGCCGCAAUAAUUCCACCAAACCAAUUUUGGCGGUGGAAGGAUAUGUGGGCGAACUCGCUUCGCAACGUGGUCUUCUCCGCCGCGCUCAUCGACUACCUAUCGACCGGGUCGCUGAUCUCAAUUCAACGCGUCGAAGAGAUCUUGGAAGUCAAGGAGGAGCGAAGGGACCGCUUCUGCUUGCCUCCUGAGGACUACUUACAUGGAAUCAUCAGCAUGGUGAACGAGCUGUCACGACUAGCGGUGAACUCCGUGACCUUGGGCAACUUCGAGGAGCCCAUUCGGAUAUCUGUGUUCGUCAAGGACCUCUUUGCCGGAUUUUCGAUGCUGAACCUCAAGAACGACACGCUGCGACGACGGUUCGACAGCUUGAAAUAUGAUCUGAAGAAGAUCGAGGAAGUCGUAUACGAUGUGUCGUUGCGGAAUCUGGCACCGUCCGCGCACAAAACGGAAGAGAGCAAAUGAAAGGUCGUCGAGCGUAUAAUAUCGUGUUGUAUGAGUACUCUUCUGCCGUCCACCCUCUUGUCACCAUUGGAAACGCGAGAGGAGGAAAUGCAGUGUAUAUCAAACCCGAGAUAGGCAGUGACAGGUGAUGAGGCCUUGUAUGGUCCGCAAUACAAGAGACUGAUCU